AUACAAAUUAAACAUGGCCAAAUUUCUCAACAACACCAUCUUCUCCAUUCUCUUUACAAUUGCAUUUCUUUCAUGUUCAAAGUUACUGUCAUUCCCUCUCAAUUACAUUUCACUUGUUGUCCCUUUACUUCCCCUUAUUAUCCACUUUCUCUAUGCUAAUAAGUCCCAAAACAACCUCCCACCAGGUCCACGAACGGUUCCAAUUUUUGGUAAUUGGCUACAAGUUGGCAAUGACUUGAACCAUCGACUCCUAGCCACCAUGUCACAAACCUAUGGUCCAAUAUUUUUACUCAAACUUGGGUCCAAAAACUUAGUUGUCGUAUCGAACCCUGAACUAGCUAACCAAGUCCUACACACACAAGGGGUCGAGUUUGGGUCCCGUCCACGUAACGUUGUGUUCGACAUAUUUACGGGCAAUGGACAAGAUAUGGUGUUCACAAUAUAUGGUGAGCAUUGGAGAAAAAUGAGACGUAUUAUGACACUUCCAUUUUUUACUAACAAAGUGGUGCACCAAUAUAGUGAUAUGUGGGAAAAUGAGAUGGACCUAGUAGUUGAUGACUUGAAGAAUGAUAAAAAGGUGGAAUAUGAGGGAAUUGUGAUUAGGAAACGCUUGCAAUUGAUGUUAUAUAAUAUUAUGUAUCGAAUGAUGUUUGAUGCAAAAUUUGAGUCUCAAGAUGAUCCUUUGUUCAUUGAGGCAACUAAGUUUAACUCAGAGAGAAGUAGAUUAGCUCAGAGCUUUGACUAUAAUUAUGGUGAUUUUAUACCUUUGCUUAGACCAUUCUUGAGAGGGUACCUUAACAAGUGCAAGGACUUGCAAUCAAGGAGACUUGCAUUCUUCAAUAAUUACUUUGUGGAGAAAAGAAGGAAAAUAAUUGGUGAAAAUGGAGAAAAGCACAAGAUAAGCUGCGCUAUUGAUCACAUAAUAGAUGCUGAAAUGAAAGGAGAAAUAAGUGAACAAAAUGUGUUGUAUAUUGUGGAAAACAUCAAUGUUGCAGCAAUUGAAACAACUCUAUGGUCCAUGGAAUGGGCAAUAGCUGAGCUUGUCAAUCAUCCAACAGUUCAACAAAAGAUCAGAGAUGAAAUCUCAACCGUCCUUAAAGGCAAGUCAGUCACAGAAUCAAACCUCCAUGAGUUGCCCUAUUUGCAAGCCACAGUAAAUGAGACAUUAAGACUCCACACACCAAUACCAUUACUAGUACCCCAUAUGAACCUUGAUGAAGCAAAGCUAGGUGAUUACACUAUUCCGAAAGAAACUAAAGUCGUUGUUAAUGCAUGGUGGUUGGCUAACAACCCUGCAUGGUGGAAAAACCCUACCGAGUUCCGGCCCGAGCGGUUCCUCGAGGAGGAUGGCGGCACAGAGGCGGCUGUUGGAGGUGGCAAGGUGGAUUUCCGCUACUUGCCAUUUGGUAUGGGGAGGCGGAGCUGCCCGGGAAUCAUCCUUGCACUGCCAAUUCUGGGGCUUGUCAUAGCCAAACUAGCGUCAAAUUUUGAAAUGCAGGCUCCUCCAGGUGAGGGAAAGGUUGAUACAAGUGAGAAAGGGGGGCAGUUUAGCUUGCACAUUGCUAAACAUUCCACAGUUGUGUUCAAACCUGUUGCUGCAUAAUUAUGUUACUCUUGAAAAAUUUCAAUGAAUAUUUGUAGUUUUCUCACCUCUUUGUAUCCCCAUAAUAUCAGUUUGCAGUUCAAAAUAAUGCAAGUCUUCAGAGUCUUCCCUACAG